UGCGCCAGAUUGCCACAAAACGUCUCCAAAAACCGCUAUCGGGACAUUUCUCCAUAUGACACCACUCGAGUUGUGUUGAAGGGGACUGACGAUUAUAUCAAUGCAAAUUUCAUCAAUAUGGAAAUCCCAGGUAAAGGUGAAGUAAAGCGGUAUAUUGCCUGCCAAGGGCCUCUUCCUGGGACAUGCUCUUACUUCUGGCAGAUGGUGUGGGAACAGAGCGCCGCCCUAGUGGUCAUGCUCACCACACAAGUUGAACGUGGCAGGGUAUGA